AUGGCACCGGUCUUGUCGGCCUCCUUCUUUUCGCUACCCCUACCGCCUUGGCUGCAGCCCACGAGCACUCGAGUCGCGCAAUAUGAUCGUCGCAAACGCAAGAAGAGUAUCGACUGGACCGACGAGGAUGGCGAAGACGCAUAUGCAACAGAUGCAACUUCGGCCGGAGAAUCUGCUUCUGCGGGUCCGUCGCUGAUCUUGACACCGAACGAGUCGCAUCAAUAUCGGGUCGCUGGACUUACUUUCGACCAAGAAUUGCCUGGGGGAAAUUUCCCUCAUGGACCAGCAAGAGAGGAACAACCAUCCAAGCACUCCAAGAAUCUGCUAAACCAUCAUCUGCACGCCCUUUCGACACUACGUGAUCCCGUGUACCCUCCCCAAUCCGCGGCUCACCAAGGCACCAUUCGGCUCCAGCAUUUAUCCGUCUUGACCGCCAUCUUACACAAGUGCCUCCUUCAAAGAGAUUACGUUCGAGCCGGUCGGGCGUGGGGCUUGAUUCUGAGAGAGCAGUUCCAUGGCCUUUCUAUGGAUGUCCGUAACGAAGGUCGGUGGGGGGUAGGAGCCGAGAUCCUGUUGCGUCGUGGACAACAGCAAUUGUCCCAGUUAAAUUCAAAUAUUCAGGACACCGCAUCCGCAUCUGCAACCACGGAACGGCCAGUGCUCUCUUUUACCCGCCAAGGCUUCGAGGAAGCCAAAGAAUACUAUGAGAGGCUGAUCUUGAAUCACCCAUAUUCCAAAAGCGCCCCUCAUGCUGUGUCUGCCUUGACUUUCUAUCCUGCAAUGUUUGGAUUAUGGAUUUACGUCAGUCAAGAAGAGAGUCAGGUGGCGAGGAACAUUGUUGCCGCUGAACCAGGCGAUUCAUCGGACGAGCUCUCCGAAGACGAGGCCUCGUCUAUUGACCUUGAUCAUCGCACAUCGAACACGAAAGCCACCCGCGUCGCAGAAAUACGAAAGCGGGAGCUUGAAGAAGCGCAGAGAAUCGCGACUCGCAUGGACAUGCUUCUUGGUACUCCUCCAUAUUCCGACUCGGCAGAAUUGUUGGAGUUGCGCGGCAUGGUGUCGCUUUGGGUAGCUGACUUGCUCGUCUCAUCGUUGGAGACGUUACCAGAGAGUCCACACCAUGACGACCCAGAGGCCAUGCUCACAGAUCAUCUGCCGACAGAGUUUGAAGCACGUCAUCAACACAGGAUUUCUUUGGAACAAAAAGAAAGGGAAAUUAGGAAAGCAGAAGCCUUCCUUGAGAAGUCACAGAAGCGCGCUCGAGGAGUCGCCUACAAUUUGGAACAUUUGCACCUCGAAGAAGAUUUGCAAUCUGCUUAA